AUGAGCUCCUUUCUCACCACUGUAAACCAGCGUACGCGCAAUCAGUUCCGACCUCGCGCCAGCGGCAAGGGCGGUGCAACCAGCUACCAGCUGCGACAAUAUGCCGAAGCAACACUUGGCGGAGGUAGUUUGCGAAAGGUGGUGAAGCUGCCUGAGGGUGAAGAUGAGAAUGAGUGGUUGGCUGUCAACAUGGUGGACUUCUACAACCAAAUCAACCUCCUCUAUGGCGCCAUUACCGAAUUCUGCUCGCCCCAGACUUGCCCCGAGAUGAAGGCGACCGACGAGUUCGAGUACUUGUGGCAGGAUACGGAAAACUACAAGCGACCGACCAAGAUGCCUGCUCCCGCCUACAUCGAGCAGCUCAUGACCUGGGUUCAGGGCAACAUUGACAACGAGGCCGUCCUACCAAGCAGAAUUGGAGUUCCGUUCCCCAAGUCUUUCCCGGCGCUUGUCCGCCAGAUCUUCAAGCGCAUGUACCGCGUUUACGCGCACAUUUACUGCCACCACUACCCCGUUAUUCGAGAACUGGGCUUGGAGCCGCAUCUCAACACCAGCUUCAAGCAGUAUGUGCUGUUCAUCGACGAGCACAACCUGGCAACCGGCAAGGAUUUCUGGGGGCCUCUAGGCGACUUGGUUGACAGCAUGUUGCGCAGCGACUAG